AUGGAUAUAGUGCAGACUAAUAGUGAAGAGACACCUGAGUCCCAGGAGAUUAAGGACCAGGAGAAACCUCCCUGCAUCCUUUGGACUGGGAGUUUGAAGAAAACACCAAUUGUAAGAUUUAGAGCAGAAGCCUUAACUAAUGAUCCACAUCUGCACGAGGUGGGGACUAAGUACAAAAUGUGCUUUAAGAUGGUUGAUGCUGGAUCUUCCCUUGUUCGCACCAUCCUCUCUUCUCAUGGAUUUCAAGAGGUCCAUCCCAUCAGCAGAAACUUCAAUGUGAUGUGGACAGGUCCCCUCAGAAGCACAUCUGUUUUGACUAAUCUGACCAAGUUCCAGAGAAUCAACCACUUUCCUAAAUCCUCUGUACUAGGCCAGAAGGAUCUCCUGUACAAGAAUAUUCAGAACCUGCAGCUCAAGCACAGGAACCACAGGUUUGACUUUAUACCGCCAAGCUUUGUUCUUCCUGAUGAAUACAAUCAGUUUAGCAGAGUUAUUUCCAAAGAUCAAGGCCCUUGGAUUGUAAAACCGGUGUCAUCCUCUCAAGGUCAUGGAAUACAGCUGAUUAAUUCACUGUCUCAAAUAACCAGAAAAGAUAAGCUCCUGGUAUCAAGGUACAUCCAAAAUCCUCUUCUAAUUGAUGGGUUAAAAUUCGACAUUCGCCUCUAUGUGUUGGUAACUUCCUAUGAUCCAUUAACUAUUUAUUUAUUUAAAGAAGGGAUCACCAGGUUUGCCACAAGAAAAUAUAAAUUGACAAAAGAGAACUUGAACAACAGAUUCGUUCACUUGACCAACUACAGUGUAAACAAGAAAAGUGCAUCUUUUGUGAGCUGUCAUAAUCCACACGUGGAGGACUAUGGCAGCAAAUGGAGUAUGAGUGCUUUGCUGAAUUAUUUAAAGAAAAAUGGAAAAGACACAGCAACACUCAUGUCUAAGAUUGAGGAUGUUAUCAUCAAAACUAUCUGCAACCGUAACACUAUCAUUUCAGCAGAAGGCACUAUUGCCUUAGCAAGUAAAUCAAUGCUUGCGCACAGAAAAAAUUGCUUCGAAAUAUAUGGGUUUGACAUCCUCAUUGAUGAGAACAUGAAGCCUUGGAUGCUGGAGGUUAAUUUAUCUCCAUCCCUCACUUGUGAUGCACCACUUGAUUUGAAAAUAAAGGCUAAUGUGGUGGCAGACGCUCUCACUAUAACUGGUGUGGAGUGUAAGGAUCCCUGUGAGAGGCAGAUCAAAGGAGGCUGCACAACAUCUGAGUCCAGACCUUGCCAGACAAGAAACAGAUCACUUGCAGAGAGAUUGGAAAUCUUUGAAGGGGUCAAGGAUGAAGAAGAGAGGAGUGGGGGUUACAUACGGAUAUUCCCCAGGGAAGACACCUGGAAGCGGUAUGGUUCCCUCCUGACUAAUACAUCCUUGAAUCAAGCCCUGGCUUCACAUCUUUACCCAGAGAAGCCAGUGGUACGAGAAAGCAGCACUUAUGAACCUCAGCAGCAAGUACCUGCAUAUGAGUGCCAGCUGCCUCCCUUGAAACAAACCGUACGUAAAUACCAGGAGAUGACACGCAAAGUGUCCAGAGUUGCCAGAGAGGUGCGCCAGAAAAUUGAAAAACCUGUCCUGGUAGCAGGGAGCGGUAGACCUUCCAAUACUACUGAAAAAUGCCACCACAGAAGAAGAGAACCCAGCCAGGACUUAAACAAACAACCCGAUGAUCUGCGGCCUAGGGUGUUAUGCUCACACCAUGGCUCUGCUGGCAGUGUACAGGUGUCAGAGGAUUUACUGAAAGCUAGGUUUGAAUCCAUGAAACAGCAGGAGGAGGCAUUAAUAAAAAGACGUUCCAUUGAAGUUUCAAAUAUAGUUGCUGGCUUCUCCAGUAUUUACAAACAGGCUUUCGGGAAUAACCCUGUAAAACACGAUACAUGGUGUAAUGCCAAAUACAGAGAUAGCCCAGGGUUCUCCAGACUCUAUAACCACUCCAAUGAUAUGAAGGAGUUGCAGUGCCUCUUUGUCCCAGUCACCCAAUACUUCCAGGCACCAUAA